AUGCCCCGGUCCAACUCAUCAGUCGACAGCCCACAAAAGACCAAGCAGAAGAAAUUGACCGAGGAAGAGGUGCUGGUCUUAAAAUCCCACCUAGAAGAAUGGAAGGAAGCCGCUGCCGACGAUAGAAAAAAGAUUCUGAAGGCGGUCAUAAAAGAGGCAAAGGUGCAUGCCCCUGCUAUGGAUGACCGGUCAUUGAAGAACAGAAAAUAUAUGUACCGGGACUGGUUAUAUAACCGGAGAUCUGAAAAGACUCGAAAAAAGAAGGCCAGCAAGUUGGUCAUGGCCGGUCUAUCUAAAGAGGAGCUGGAGGAAGCUCAGAACACUGCGAUUGAGUGGUCUGCCAAGACUCCUCCUGCAGCUGUCCAGGUGGACUUUGCAAAGAAGAAAGCACCCGGUUUGAUGAAGGACCUGGCGUCCAAGUUGUGGAAGCAGGCCGGUAUGAGAAUUUUUAUAUUAUCGGCAUGGAAAGAGGAGGACGAAGUGCGUAUCAAUGGAAUCGACUUCAAUGAAAAGUUGGAGGGCAAUAGUUUUACCGAUACAAAGGACUGGAAGCCCAUGUUAUCAGAGUGGAAUGCCUACGCUGGAGAAGAGUUCGUACUUAUGCGACAUGGGGUGAACUCAGAUGUUGACCUGAAUAAUGAUGACAAUGAUAGUGAGGGGGAGGCGAAAAAAGGCAGGAAGAAAGGCAAAAAGAAGGACGAAUAUCCUUUGGAGGUGGAUAGCUAUGGGCUUCCGGUCAUACCGGACGUGAAAGAGCUGAACCUCGAGAGUAAAAAGCGUCUUAUAAGGACGUUCCUCACAAAACACUACAGGUUGUGCAGCCAACAACCAAAGGCGUCUGUGCCUUGGGCCUCAGUGAGGAAGGCUCAGGGGGACUUUAUUGCAGUCAAGUUUUUACCUACCGGCUGGAAGCUUGACGAUCCGUCAAAGAUUCGGUUGGCUGACGCUGACCGGCUGUUGGAAUUGUGGUGUCAAAGACAGAAGGACCAUGUUCGCCCAACCUUUGAAUUUAAAGGCUGGGAAGGUGACGAUAAGACGAUGAGAGAACCGGCAGAGGCGACUUCUGGAAAGGGUUCUGACACGAGACGCAAGAAUCCGGUGAAAAAACAUACCGGAAAGCGCACCGGGAGGGUGGAACAGGAAUCGAAAAUCCAGGCCGGUCAACGCACGCAGCACUAG